ACUCUUUCGUUGACUGCAACGUGUAAUUAUUAUUUUCUCAUAGCAAAAUAUUUAAGUGUGUAAGCAAAAUAUUUAAGUGUGUAGCUGUUUUUAAAACACAAGUGAAAGUUAAUGGAUACACUUAUCACAAAUGAUAACUCUGUUCUGAAUAGUAAUAUGGAAAGAGAAAAAUUGCUUAUGACCCAAAAUCCAUCUGGUGUAAAAUGUGAUAUAGUUAAUGAGUGUCAAAUGUUCCUAAAAGCUGAAGAUGGAGGAGGAGAUGCUAAAUUAAAUGUUUCUGAUAAUGUUUCUUCAAUAAAUGAAGGAAAGCAAGAUAUUGGGAUGUCUACCCAUAGUCAAACUAAUAAAGAAUCUUCUGGGAAAGAAAUGGAAGAUUCUAAGGAAAGCAAUGCUGAUGGAAAUGAGGAAAUGCCUAGCACUGUUACAGUUUUGGAUACUCCUGAUGGAGGCAAAGUAUAUUUAGUAGGGACAGCACAUUUUAGUAUUAAAUCUCAAGAAGAUGUUUCUAGGGUUAUACAAGAAGUGAAUCCUCAUAUUGUUAUGGUGGAGUUGUGUGAACAGAGAACAAAUAUCCUACUUUUAGAUGAAGAGAUUAUUUUAAGAGAGGCCAAGAAUAUAAACUUCAAAAAGAUAAGGGCAACUAUGGCUCAGAAUGGAGUAUUCAACGGUUUAAUGUAUAUAUUACUAUUAAAUAUGUCAGCACACAUUACUCGUGAGUUAGGUAUGGCUCCUGGUGGAGAGUUUCGCCGAGCUAUGGCAGAGGCCAAAAAGAUUCCUAAUUGUAUUGUGCAACUUGGUGACAGAGCGAUCGACAUUACAUUACAUAGAGCUAUAGCAUCUCUAUCUUGGGGACAGACAAUACGAUUUAUAUGGCAUCUUCUUACAUCUAACAAAAGUAUUAGUGUGGAAGAAGUAGAGAAAUGCAAAAUGAAGAAAAUGUUGGACGAUAUGCUGGAAGAAAUGGCGGAGGAAUUUCCAGCUCUUAAGCGCGUAUUUGUUGUAGAGCGUGACAUGUAUCUCUGUCAUUCACUCCAAAUAGCUGCUUUACAGCCUCGUAAUGAACCAUGUCGAAUAGUUGGUGUUGUGGGCAUUGGCCAUGUGGCCGGCAUCGUGGAACAUUGGGGCAAGGUCACACCGCAAGAUAUAACUCCCUUACUUGUUAUCCCCCCUCCCUCGCUGUCCACGCGCAUUAUCCGCGUGUCGGUGCGCGUGGCGUGCGCGGGCGCACUCGUGUACGCGGCGUACAAGUUCUUCCCGCGGCGUUGGCUGCCCUGAUGACCCACACUCCUUUCUUUCACAAACUGGUUCACUGAAUGGCUUGUGGACCUUCUCGUCGUGUUAUAUUAUUAUAUUCUUAUUAUUUUUUAUGAUAACAUCUUUACUUAAAGUCGCAAUUAGUUAUCGAUUUUGGUAAGCAUGUAUGUGCUCAUUUUCUGUGUAUAAUUAAAAUUUUAAUAGGAUUUGAAAGCAGUGGGUAAUUUAUGUUAAAAUGAAACCGCUUUUGUUUUUUUAAUAUAAUGUAAAAACAAUAAAAUUGUUAUUAGUUUGCAGUUGUUCUAAUAUAUAAAUUGUUUUUAUAUUGGGAUAACAUAGUAUUUUUAGUUUAAUUGUUUCAUUUGUUUUAUAGUUGUAAAGAUAUCCUUGGUGUAAUGAAGAUGUAUAAAUUUAGGCUCAUUUAUUUUAUGUGUUUAUAUAUUAAUUAUUAAGCUUCACACAAAAGUGUGUAACAUCCUGAGGAUAAAGAAUGGGAUUAGAAAUUGCUGGUCAAUUAACCUGUACUGUCAGCAUACAAAGUAUAUGUAGCAAAUAAAGCGUCGAUAACGUUACAUAGUUAUAUUAGAAAUAAAAAUAAUGAAGUAACUAAACAAUUGUGUCAAUUGUGAAAUUUUUAGUUAUUAGAGAAAUCUGAUAAUAAUAAUAGAAUCUGUUGAAUUGGGUAGUUAAAUUUUUAACAAAAUAAAGAGGGAUCAUCAAUUUGCAAAUAAAAUUUGUUUUAGUAAUUUAAUAAUUGAGACAAUUAAAUAAAACAAUUUAAUACUUAAGGCGAGGAUUUCUGACUUUAAAAGACUUUAACGCUCAUCUCUCCGCUAACGUAAGCUUGCGACAUUCGGUGGACAAAGUUACUUUAUUUGAAACGUUUUUGCUUAUUAUUUGGAAUUACAGUAUCUGAAUAUAAAUAUAUCCGAUUAAGAAACUAAUUCAAUAACGUGAAAGGCACGUUAUACUAUCGGAAAAUAUUAACCGUAACCACGGCUUAAAAAAAGCGAGAACUCGAAGGUCAAAGUAUUUCUCGGCGAUAAAAUUGUAUAUUUUUAUAUCGCUAUUGAUAGUAUUUUAAAAAUCAUUUAUCCGAGUAUAUACUAUUUCACAAAGUAUCAAUUUUCAAGCUUCAAAAUCGUAUCUAAAAUACGCGAUAUAUUGUUCAAUCUGACCUUAAUGUAAUAUAUUAGACAGUAAUGUUCUGUUACUUGGUCCUGAAGCUAGAAAGCAAAAACAGGCUUAUCGCAACGCGUGAAUGAUCUUUUUUGUGGUCGUUACCGGCGGGUGGGAGUAUUGACAGCAAGAGUUUUAAAGUGGGAGGCAAUGCAUUUAUAAUCCCACUCUUUGUCAGCGCGGGAGUAUGGGACAACACUUUAAUAAUAUUUUAACACUCAUUCCCCUUUAUAAGAUUCUGCAAUUUGGGUUUGGUGCCUUGUAACAGAUAUGAAACCAACGCUCUCUUCAGCUUUCAUGAUAUUCCCAGUUUUGUAUUUGUUAAAUAAGCCUCACAACGUUAUAAAUAGCUAUAAGAAUACAUUCAAGUGUAAAAGAUAUUGCAAGUAAGGGGCAAAGUUCAUUGAAAAAUGUUUUAUUCACCGUUACAAUUGCUUGUAUUAAGUAUGAAGCCUAUACAUGUGAAUUUAAAACAGAUCUUCAAAAUUCAUUAGUUAGCUCAUAAUACUUUAAAGGUAAUAAGUAUUUACUUUGUACACAACUAAAAAUGAAACAUAUGGCAUAAAGUCGUUAAGGGGCCGCCUACACGAGCGAGGGAAUCGUGGCGACAUUAUCGUCGUGCCACGUAUUUCUAUACACUCCUUUAGAACGUGUCUACUCAUGGCGAUGUUGACGUCAUCGUAUCGCCACGUGCUCGUCACGAAACAUGGCGCUCCCGCAGCAAGUGCGCGUGGCGAGCGCGCUCAGCUCGCAAAACUAUUGCACAACGCUUCGUCGCGGAAACGUGGCGAUUCCGUUACGAGUCGUCAGAGACACGCGCCGAUUCGCAACGAGUCUUGAAAUGGAAGCGGCCCCUUAAUUAUACGCACCUGCUUAAAAUCAGUAAGUUGUUGUCAUAUUAGAAAUUGGGCCCAGAGAGUGCCUUUAUUGAUCUAAUAUUAGCAUGCUAGUUCACAUUACUUAGGUGUUGGGUUUCAUAGCACAUCUCCAUUAGCAGUAGUAUAGUUUUCUCAAAGUUUAGGAUUUUUAAAUCGACCCUCUAGAAAUCUCUAGUUUUCAGAUUAUGUGGUGACAUUGUAAAAUGGGUUUUUAACAGACUUCAAAAAGGCAGUGCUUUUCCGUUCGAAUGUUUCUGUUUGUAUGUAUGUUACGCGUUAUCUUCGGAGAUUGCGAACCGAUUUUGAUGAUUCUUUUUUUAUUAAGUAGGUUAUACUUCAAGUUUUGUUUUCUCCAAAGUUCCCAUAUAAAUUUGGAGAAAACAAUUCCACCCCUAAGGGUAGCAAAUAAAUAACUAAUUUUUUAGCAAUUUCAAGUUGGUUUUUACUUUUUGUUAUAAGUUAUAAUUAUUAAAUAUGCUUUAACAUGAGGUACAAGUCGCGGCACGUAAGUCUAGCGCUGAACGAAACGUGGAGGGGACGCGCACGAAUUAAAUUGCACGAAUGCAACUGGAGAGUAAUUCAGCGCGUGCAAAUGAUACGUACGGGCCAAUCAACGCGACAUGCGCAAUAAGCCAAUCAGUGCGAGUAAUGCACAAAAACGGUCACCGCUAGACUUUCGUUCCGCUACUUUUUAUAUUGCGUGUUUAUAAUUCGGUUCAUAAAUAAUGUAAAACUAAACUCAAAAUUAUUUUUUAUUACUUUAUUAAUUUUAUGAAAUAUUUUUGUCAUCAUUGUGAAUUACAUCGCGACUUGACAUUAAACAACAACAUUACAAGAAAAUUAUUAAAAAUUAUUAUAUAGACAUUUAGGCAACGGCCUAAUGGACAGUGAUUUAAAUUAAUUUAGAAAUCAGGCUAUUUGUCAGGACUCUUCAAUUUUCUAUCUGGUAAUCCUACCCAUGGGACUUUAACGGAACUAUAAAAAGUUUUUGCUUAUCUUGAAUGCUCUAAUUUCUUGGUGCACUUAUUUUCAGUGUUUUUGUUUGAAUGGUGAUCCCAUUAGUCGAUAUUAACAAUAAAUGUUAAGUGCAAGUACCUACUGUAAUGGCUGUAGAUAGUUUUAUGAAACAUUAAAACGUAAUUAUGAAAUUUUGUAUUGCUAUUAUAGUUAAAAAUGUUGAGUAUAUUGUAAUAAAUUUAUACAUAAUAAAUUAUAUUUAGAAUUAACUAAAAUUAGAAUUAUUCUAUAUACAUCAUUUACAAUUUAUAAAGUUUUUGUAAUUUUCGUGUAUUCAUUUCUUUCUAAGUUUUGACAUCAUAAUGUUAUUUCGGGACUGUGAUAAUUAAAAUUUCCUGCCUUGAUUUUUCUUUCAACUACAAUUAAUAUUCUUUUUAAAUUUGGAAUAAUUCGUAUAUUAUAUAUCUUUUGAUUGAAAAUAAAUCACAGUGUCAGAAGAAUCUUAUAAACGGAUAGUAGUAGGAGAAAUAUAGAGUAUAAAUAUGCUUUUAUUUUGUGGAAAGUUAGUUAAGUUUGGAAAAGUUAGAUGAAAGAUAAUUUGUAAGAAGUCUCAUAUUUUUAAUUCCAGAUCGUAAUAGGUUUAUUAAUAAAAUAGAAAUCAGAAAUAUAAUAGUAUUGUAAAUUCUUGUUUCUCUUUCAAUUAUUAAGGUAAUUGGUUUUUUGGAAUCGUCUCACGUUGUUAACAUGAAUAUGUUAUGUUAGAAGUUGUCUUUCAGAAAUAAAUAUUACAUAAAAUUAUG